AUCGCGGUUAGAGCUAUGGAGUGGCAAGCUAAAUGGGCAGGAGACCUGAAAUUUGAAGUCCACCAUAAGAAUAGGAUGAUCAUGGAAAGGUUUGUGGCCGAUUUGAUGGCUGGAAGGUGUAGUUGUAGGUUCUGGGGUUUGUGUGGUAUGCCGUGUCCCCAUGCUUGCUAUGCUAUCUUUGAGAAGGGUGACAACCCGGAAGAUUAUUGUAGUAACUAUUACAGCAAGGCAGCAUACCUUGCUACAUAUGGGCAGUCAAUAUCACCAAUCAAUGGAGAAAAUAUGUGGCCAAAGAUACAAUGCGAUACCAUCAUCCCUCCAAUUUUCAGAGUUAAACCAGGAAGGCCAAGGAUGGUUAGGAUAAGGAACCCGAUGAAAACAGAACACAAAAAAAAAUAUAGAAGAACUGGAACUUCUGUUACCUACAGUAAUUGUGGCCAAUACGGACACAAUAGGAGACUCUGUCCAAACCCUAUAGUGACAGCUCCUGAAGGCACACAAGGAUCUGAUGCUGCAAUUGGAACUGGAGGAGUUGACUCUGCUGCUAAUGAACCUGCUGCUGCUGUUGAAGCAAAUGGAUCUGCAGCUGCUGCAACUGCUAGAUCCAGGAUGGUUAAAGGGAGAGGCAGAGGAAGAGCAGCAGUAGGAAUGGCCAGAAGAAGGGGUAGAGGGAGGGCUGCACCCAUGACUGCACCAGCAUCAAGGCCUUUAAACACCCUUGCACCCACAUCCCAGCCACCACACACCCCUGCACCCCCAUCCCAGCCACCACACACCCCUGUCCCACCCUCACAGCCUACAAAUACCCCUGCACCACCAUCACUGCCUACCACCUUACCCACACCAGCAUCACUGUCCACCACUUUGCCUACACCUGCAUCACUGCCCACUGCACCAGCAUCUCAACCUUUGCCCAAGACCAAAAUCUUUGGUGUGAGAAGAAGUGGAAGACUCAAGAUUGGAGUUAGGAAGGCAACAAAUCAGCCACCUGAACAUGUUGACCUUACACUUGAUUGAGGCUGAAGAGAGUUUAGGGUUUCUUUUUUAUAUCUGUUGUGUUAUGUAGGAUUUGUGUUCACCUGUGACUCUGGUUUCUUUAUGGUUUGGACCACUGUUAUUAUGUGUUGUGGACCACUUUUGUUAUGUGGGUAGAAAACUGUUAUGAGUGGGUGUCACAUUUAUUUUGUGGCUAUCUAGGUGUCCUACAUUAUAUAAUGUAAAAAAUAAUGGUAUCUAUUAUAAUUCAAUGCAUCUUUUGUUUUACC